AUGGCACCAAAAGCUAAGAAGGAAGCUCCUGCCCCUCCUGAAGUUGCAGCCACUGCAAAAGCUUUGAAGGCCAAGAAGGCAGAUGUUGAAAAACGUCCACACACACGCACAAAAAAGAAGAUCCACAUGUCAUCUAACUUCUGGUGGCCCAAGACACAGCAGCUCCAAAGGCAGCCCACAUAUCCUCGGAAAAACGCCCCCAGCAGAAACAAGCUUGACCAUUAUGCCAUCAUCAAGUUCCCCCUAACCACUGAGCUGGCCACGAAGAAGAUUGAAGACAACACCACACUAGUGUUCAUUGUGGAUGUCAAGCCCAGCAAACAUCAGAUCAAUCAGGCUGUAAUGAAGCUUUAUGACACUGAUAACUUAUAAACAACAGUGAUAUAUUUCUCACAGUUCUGGAGGCUGGGAAGUCCAAGAUCAAGAUACUAGUGGGUUUGGUGCCCUGUGAGGGUAUAGA